AUGAAAAUCGACGAAGAUCGUGAAAUCAUUUAUGGUAUUGCUCCAUGUCAGCUUGCAUUAAAAGCAGAUCGACGAAAAAUUUAUCAUAUCUAUGUCCGAGAUCCUGCUGGUACACUAAAGCCCAACAAAUCAAUAGAACAUAUUAUCUUUAAGGCUAGAAAGCUAGGCAUACAUGUAUUGCCAUCGGAUAAGAGAUAUUUAGAUAAGUUAACCGAAGGACGCCCUCAUCAAGGCGUUGCUAUGAAGGCUACGCCACUCCGACCUAAUCUUAUUCGUCAUGAUCUCGAUAAAACAGCCAUGGCUAAUAAUCGUAAAGCAUUAUGGCUAGGAUUAAACGAUGUUCAGGACCCUAUGAAUCUUGGAGCACUAAUACGAACAGCUGCUCUAAUGGGUGUGAAUCGUGUCGUGGUCAAUUCCAGAAAGACUGCAAGAUUAUCUGCUGUCGUUAGCAAAGCAAGUGCAGGUGCAAUGGAAGUUUAUCCAAUCUAUGCUGUUAAGAAUCUAUCAAAAUACCUCGAUUAUCUUGUAGAAAAUGACUGGAAUAUUAUUGGUACAGUUGGGCACAAAGAAGUUAACCAAUAUCAAGCUAUGUCAUGUCAAAAUUUUAACCACAAUGGAAAGCCUACAAUUUUAAUGUUGGGCAACGAAGGAUUUGGCAUCAGUGCCUCCAUCAAAGAGAAAUGUAACUCAUUUCUUACUAUUCCAACAAGUUCAUCAUGCCCUCCAGAUAUUGAUUCACUAAAUGUAUCAGUUGCUGCUGGAAUAUUAUUGUAUUCACUUCGUGGACGGCUCAAUCGCUGCUAA